UUCAAGGAUUCACGAACUCUGAGAAACAGCGAAAGCCAUCACAAACAUAGAGAGAGGAAGAGAGAGAGAGAGAGAGAAAGCAUGGAGGCCAAAGCAUUUUGUAGCAGCGUGAGAGGUGCGCCAUUGAGAGGCAGAAGAGAGAAUUAUGCUUCUUCUUUCUCACCCCUUCUCAUCCAAUCCAUGGCUACCCAGAAGCCCAUUCCUUCUGUUAACAAAACAGCUAGCUCCAAGAAGAAUUCAACUAAACCACCAGUUAAGCUACUAACAAGGGUCGAGCAACUGAAGCUACUGACCAAAGCAGAGAAAGCCGGCCUGCUAUCGGCGGCAGAGAAGUCCGGGCUCUCGCUGUCGAGCAUAGAGAAACUGGGUCUGCUCUCCAAGGCGGAGGAAUUCGGAGUUCUAUCGGCAGCCACUGACCCGGGAACUCCGGGGGCAUUGUUCACUCUGAGCUUAAUAUUGCUGCUUUUGGGUCCAUUUGUAGUCUAUCUUGUGCCUGAGGAUUAUCCUUUGGAGAUAGGGGUACAGGCUUUUGUUGCUUUGCUUUCAGUGGUGGGUGGUUCUGCAGCUUUUGCUGCUUCAAAUUUUGUAUCCAACUUGCAGAAGUCAAGUUGAAAAUUUUGAUGAACCAGGUCUCAUUUUGGGAUAAUGAGAGGAUCAUUAUUUGGCCA